CUCUGGGACAUCCUCCUGGGAAGCUUCAAUAUAGCUGUGCAAGUCUGCAGUCUACAAGAGCCUACUAUAGACAUUCUACAACCAACCAGAAUCAUGGAACAGCCAACUUCAAGCACCAAUGGGGAGAAGAGGAAGAGCCCCUGUGCAUCCAAUAACAAAAAAAAAUGAUGAGAUGCAGGAGGCACCGAACAGGGUCUUAGCCCCCAAACAGAGCUUGCUAAAGACAAAAACAAUAGAAUAUCUAACAAAAAUAGUGUAUUACUACAGGAAGCAUACGAAAAUAAAUUCAAAUCAACUGGAGAAUGACCAGUCCCGAGAGAACUCCAUCAAUCCAGUCCAAGAGGAGGAGGACGAAGGCCUAGACUCAGCUGAAGGAUCUUCACAGGAGGAUGAAGACCUGGACUCAUCUGAAGGAUCUUCACAGGAGGAUGAAGACCUAGACCCACCUGAAGGAUCUUCACAGUAGGACGAAGACCUAGACUCAUCUGAAGGAUCUUCACAGGAGGGUGGGGAGGUCCAGUCAAACAUGGAGAAACCAAAUUGGACAAAUCCUCACUACCAAUGGCGAUGAUUACAAUAAAAUCAAGUUUGAGGAGCUGA